ACCUUUAAACUGGUGCUCAGUUAGCCUGGGGACUCUUUUGGUACAAAAACCCUGGAGAGAAGGCACACACACACAGAGGUCAGACCUCCAUCAGUCAGUUCCAGCUGAGAAGCAGCCGCAGUAUCUACAAAACACAUUGCACUGGGGUAUCUUUCCUCAGUCAGACGAGGGUCUCUCUCUGAUGAGGUCUGGGUCCAGAAGGGGCACAACAUCCUCCUGCUCUACAUAUGAGACAGGUCCAUUAAGCUGGACCCUCCCGUGUCAGCAGAGAAAAACUUCUCUGUCACCUUCUCAUCCUGGACUGCACGAACAUGAACGAGCAGGUGAUGGUCCACUGCCUCCGGACGAACCUGGAACUGCUUUAACAAGAUGACACGAAAUGUCUCGUUUUUCUGGACUCACAACCCACGCAAGUCUUGAGGCCACUGAAGCUUUUCACUCUGCCGGGUUGGACAGUAGCAGUGAAUGAAACCCCCCGGUGCUGGACAGACUGCCCUUCUAGCUACCUUUUAACAGGAGCACUGAGUGUGGAUUAAACCAUUACACAGUUGCAGCUGACAAGUAGGAAGUGUGUCCUUCCGUGAUAGAUGGCCGCCAUGGAGCUGAGAUAACCCCCUUCCGCUUUUCUUCACCAAUCACAAUACUGGAUUGAGCAUAACCAUGCCAACAUGGCGUGGUCUACGAGUGGCGUUCAUCCUUGGCUCUUUGUUAAUGAUCCUGCUGAUCAUCGUCUACUGGGACGACACCGGGGGCUUCAGCCUCUACAAGCUACAGGAGCCCAAACAUGCGUCUCACCUCCCUCAGUCGUACCCUCAGACGACUACGGGCCCUUCGCGCUCCACGUCCACCAUCAGAGCCCAGACCAGUUCUUCCUUCACCGUCCCCACUACUGGCUGGAGAACAACACCAGUCCCCGAGGAGGCGGGAGGAGCAUUUGAGGAAUAUGCAGAGGAGGAGGAGGAGGAAGAGUGGCUGGACAAAGAAAAACAGUGGAUGGAGGAAACAAGGGAGGAUGUGGAGAUGGAGAGUUUUACUGAUGUGAAUGAUGGACAGGAGGCGAGGAAGACGAGAAUAACGGAUGUGUGUUCAGGAAAGUAUGGUGUUGAAUUUCCCGGAAGGAAUCGGACAUUUGAGCAGAUCCCCAACAGGGAACUGGAUCACCUUAUUGUGGACGACACCCACCAGAUUAUCUACUGCUAUGUUCCCAAGGUUGCGUGCACCAACUGGAAGAGAGUGAUGGUGGUUCUGUCUCAGUCUCUGAUCUCGCCCUCCUCAGGAAGGCCUUACACUGAACCGGAGGCCAUACCUCCUGACGCCGUACACAACUCCUCUCUCUACCUCACUUUCGCCAAGUUUUGGCGCCAUUAUGGUUCACUGUCCCGUCACAGGAUGGCAGUCAAGCUCAAGCACUACACAAAGUUUCUGUUUGUACGAGACCCUUUUGUUCGCCUCAUCUCGGCCUUCAGGAACAAGUUUGGAAGGCCAAACGAAGACUUCUACAGGCAGUUUGGUUCAGUCAUAAUGCGUCGGUAUGGUAACGUGACAGGCCGUUUGCCAGAGACGGCAGUCAAGGCCUUCACAGCAGGAGUGAAACCGACGUUUCGGCAGUUUAUCACCUACCUGCUGGAUCCAGAGACCGAGAGGAAGAGUAUCUUCAACGAGCACUGGCGGCAGGUGUACCGCCUGUGCCAUCCAUGCCAGGUGAAGUACGACUUCAUUGGACGACUAGAAACCCUGGAAACAGACGCAGAUCAACUGCUGAAGCUUCUGGACGUGGAGGAUCUAGUACGCUUCCCCGCUGGCUCCCAAAAUCGCACUUCAGCCAGCUGGGAAAGAGACUGGUUUGCACAGAUUCCUGUAACAAUGAGGAGAAAACUAUAUCAGCUGUAUGAGCCAGACUUUGAGCUGUUCGGCUAUCCAAUACCUGACAGCGUGCUCUAGUAGGCCACAGCAAGCCAAAGGCCUGGGCGCUGCACUGUGUGUAGAGCCCACACUUCACCUACCUUUGCACAGCCAGCAUAUGCCUUUAAAUACCAGUCCUUGAUGCUGUUUCUUUUGUUUGUUUUCGGCAUACCUCAAAUGAUAGAAGUGCCUGCCUGAUCUUUCUGAUUUCAUAUCUGAAGCACACCCGCUAACAGACUACACCAUCCCAGUCUGUGAUUCCCCAUGUAAAGGAACUUUGAAGAGUAUUUUGGUACAGUAAGUCUGGAGGGAGAAGACCUGGGAGCUCUUUGUUGGCUAACAUUUCUGUUGCAGAGAAAUAAAGUUUUUCCUGUAAA